AUGUACUUGACGAGCUUGCUGAGCACUAAACAGUUAGCUGGAUACUUAGAGGUUCAACUUGGCAUCGACAAACACUGGGAAAUUGGAGGUGAACAUUACAAUCAGUUUCAAGAAGAAGCCUUGCUUCUGAGGUAUCAUUCAGCGCUUGAUGAACUUGAACACCUGGUAGUCAUGCGCCUGUUUGAACUGUCCAAACUUUCAUUAUCAGGGACAGGUUACAAGCUACGUCAACAGAUUACCAAAGCCCUUCAACGAGUUUCAGAUGCUAUUCGGAACACUAUCAAUCGUUACAACACUCAGGCUGCCGCUCUGGUCCCACCUAGGCCAAAACUGGCAUGGAAGGAUAUUGUUGAAUAUAGCUUCCUUGGUAAAUUUGACCUAUUGCGUCACUCACCUACAGUUAAAUACUUCAAGCUCCAACGUGCUCGUGAAGAAAUACAGUGUCUGAAUAUAGAAGUCCAUUGUCUGCGCACGGCAAUACAUGAUGAAAAAACCAAGACCAUUGCAACGAUUGACCAACUCCUCAUCACAAAUUCCCCGCUUGCUGUGGAGUUGAGAAGGAGGUGGUAG